AUGAGUAGGUUGGAACUACCCGGAUUCUAUUAUGAUGAAACAAGACAUCGUUACUUCCGUAUAAUUCAAGGUGGUGGUGACUCUGGGGUUAGUCAACAUCAUUACACAUCGUCAACAAUCCAGCAGAAAAACAGAGAGCAAGAGCUAGUAAAGAAAUCGGAGAUUCAGAUGAAUGUGCAAUUACCAAUAGAAAUAUUAGCCGAACAGUACUUUGACCACAUAGUGGAGUCCGGGAUAACAGAUAUGGAGCUACACUAUAAGUACUUGAUGUUUUCUAAAGAGUUACCACCAACAGAGGAUCGCGCAAGACCCAAUUCUGAUAUCUACUAUUUCGGCAGACACUUCAGCCAGAGGGUCAAAAUUCAGAGUUUGGGAAACUCUCAGAGAGAGGAAUUCCUUCAUAUUCCCGAACGGUCUUCCGUUGUUGGAUUUGUCAAAGCCAAUUGCAAAUGGUACAUCUUUUGUGACAACUACAAGUCGGUUGCUUCAGUGUCAAACUUAUCCGAUCUUUCUGAUCCUCAAGCCACGCCAUACUAUGAAUAUAAUGCAGACUCUAAUUUGGGUUUUGCGGGCCCUUUACCUACAAAUGCGAUCACAUCUCUCAGUCAUCCAAUGAAUGCAUUUGUCGGUAGAAUCAAUCCUUUGGUGGCCACCACUCGCAAUGGACAAGUUUUUUCAAGCCGUCUACUCUGGACCCGGAAUAACUGGACGUUGAUAACUCAAGAUGAUGCUGUUAGUUCACACCCGAUAAGUUUUGUACCCCUUCAUUCCUUUUUAAUUUGUGUGAAGAAUAAGCAUUUCAUCUUUCAUGUUGUUCAGAAAGGACCCCGAUACAGAAUUCUCUCUCAUUGUGGAGACUCAAUGACGGCUGUAAAAUCUUUUUCGCAUGAACCGACCAGCAUUGAACAAUUGGGAGACAGGCAUCUUGUUAUUGGGUUUAGCAAUGGCGACGUCACUUUAUUCGAGCUGAAUAAAGCUCUGCGGGAUUCUUCUAUCAAGUUAAAGCAAACUCAAAUACCAGAUCACCUUCAUAUUGGGGCAUCCGUUUGCCAUAUGGUGGCUAUCUACCUCAGUAAAGAGCAAAUCUACCUUAUUGUUAGUGGAUUGAACAAUGUUCUCGUUUGUCUUAACGUUUUCAUCACUGAUGGAAAGAUCCUUCUAUUCGAAAAAGCGUUCGAUUAUUUUGAAUACUUCAAUGCAUACAACACUGGACCCAACAUCAAAACGUUUGAUGAGGGUCAACCCUUUUUUGUGGUCCAAUCGUAUGAAAAUGACGAAGUCAAUCUAAAGCUCUAUUAUCUUUUCUACCAGAGACCUCUUGAUUGGGGACCUCAUAAUGAGGGAUUCAACUUGGGUCCAACAACUGACAACCCUGCCUAUUACAGAUACAUCGUAGAUUGUUAUCAUUUAAUAGUUUUGAAUUGCCGACAUAAACUUCUUACAUCCUACUGCAUUAGUGAAGCUGAUUCUACAGAUAUAUAA